CACAUCUCCGAGCCCAGGUGGUGUCGUCUUCCUUCUCAAGGCCCAAUGGGUCAGGGUCACCUGAGCUCGCCCCGAGACCACACACCCGCGCCACGGCCACCGCCCGUGACUGGCAUGGAAUGUUCGCAGUUGCGUCCAUCGACAGGCCAGAGAGAGCGAUACUGUCCAGUGUGCCUGCAGGCGGCCAGCUUCCCCGUUCAGACCAACUGCGGACAUUUAUUCUGCGCUCCAUGUUUGAUCGCCUACUGGAGGCACGGGACAUGGUUGGAUGCAGUCAACUGUCCUCUCUGUAGACAGAAGGUGAGCGUCAUGAGCCAGCUGUUUAAUGAGAGCAGACUGGACCAGCAGUCCAAGGACGUUCUGGGCCAAAUAAGCGACUACAACAAGCGCUAUUCUGGAGCGCCCAAACGGAUCCGAGACUACCUGUCCGACGCGCCUCUCCUACUGCAGGUGGCGGUUCGCGGUUUGGGCGCCCUAGGUGGUCUGGUGUGGCUCUUCUUCUUGCGGGUGGCGCUUUGCUGCGUGGGUACCGCUGUCUCCAUGGCAUCCCCGCCGUCGUUGUCGUCUGGUUCCCCAAAAGCGGUCCCGUCCCUCUGCAGCCUCUUGGGGCUGCUGGACGACCUGGUGGUGGUGGUCCUGCUCCUCCUGUGCGUCCUGAACGUCAAUCAUCAGAUGGCACCGGAGAGAGGGCACUCUACAAGCACGCAAGUGGUGGACAGCUAGAAGACC